GCCCUCCGAGGACGGUAGCAUGUAAGCCGCCCACCUAGCCGUCUGCUGGCUCCGACCCGGAUUGUCAUCUAGUGGGGCAGCCGUGGGAGAGGUUUUCGGACAUUUGAUCCCACGGCUGCUGAGAACGGAGCCGGAGCUUUUGCUGUGAAGUGUCUCGUUAUUAAUCACUGCCUUUAGAUGUGAUUUAUUACACCAACUAGGCUCAAGAAAGGGACAAAAAGAAAAUAGUGAUGCUGGGGGAAGGGAAAUCCAACAAUGUACCAUCAGCUUGAAGAGCAACCUAACCCUAGCCCUGGCCCUGGACGAGGCAAGGGCACACGAGAUGGCCACCAAAGCGGCGGAGACCCUACAGAAACCGAACACACCAAACACCGGCACGAAAGCAACGCCAGUCCACAGCGAAGUCGUCGAGGCCGAAUCCGGGAGCGAGGAAGAAGAAGAGGUCUUCCAUACCGGAAGGGCAAAGAGAGUCGACCGGGACGAGUGCGUGAGCUGCGGAGGCCAACACCAACGACAAAAUUGCAGAUUCAAGGACGCAAUUUGCCGGCGGUGCGAAAAGAAAGGGCACAUCGCACAGGCCUGUCGAGCCCCUCAACCGUCCCCUCAACCAUCCCGCCCAAAAUUCAAACCGGCCAAUCAGCAGAGCGCUGGACCGACGAAACGGCCAGGGAUUGGCCCAUCCAAAAGAGGCGCAAAAUUGAACCAAACAACUGUACGAGUGGGUCACGCAUCAACGCGACUAGAAAAGAAGAUAUUCACAUGGACGCACAUCGAAGCAGUGCCAUGUAAGAUGGAGGUGGACACCGGCUCGUCGAUCACGAUCAUAUCCUGGGACACCGUCGCGAGGAACCUGCCAGAGGUCGCGAAACGCCAGCUGCAAACCCAAAAGCUGAGAGUGGAAGUGACUGGGGUUCACAGCAGUGGAGUCAACCUAAAAGAUGAACUGCUGAAAGAGUUCGAGGACGUCUUCCAGGACUGCCUGGGCAAGUACGUGGGGACCCCUAUUUCUUUUAAUUUAGAUCCCCAGAUGGCUCCCAUUAGGUUAAAGGCUAGGUGGGUCCCCUUCGCCCUUAAGCCAAAGAUUGACCGGGAGUUAGACAAACUAGUAAACCAGGGCAUACUAGUCCCUGUCGACCAUGCCAAAUGGGAGACACCGAUUGUGACUUCAGUCAAACCGGAUGGAUCAGUCUGGAUUUGCGCUGACUACAAGGCAACGCUUAACAAAGUGUUGCAAAAGAGCGCAUACCCCGUUCCCGUAGUGCAACAUCUGUUACACUCGUUGGGACAAGGGCAGGUCUUCGCCAAACUCGAUUUGGCCCAAGCCUAUCAACAAUUACCCGUAGACAAUGACACAGCCGAGGCGCAGACGAUUGUAACACAUCGAGGCGCUUUCAAAUGCACUUGACUCCAGUUUGGAGUCAGCGUAGCCCCAGGGUUGUUCCAAAAUCUAAUGGAACGUCUGCUACAGGGAAUACCGGGGGUCGUGCCAUAUUUUGACAAUGUACUAGUUUCAGCAGAGAACCUAGAUGAGUUAGGGGUCAAACUACAGAAGGUCUUGGGCAUUUUCAGGUCUGCUGGACUUAAGGUCAAGCUCAACAAAUGCCAGAUAGGAGUUGAAUCUGUAGAAUUCUUGGGUUACCAAAUAGACAGAGAAGGCAUCCACCCCACGGAGAGCAAAGUGCGAGCCAUUAAAAAGGCUCCGGCUCCCAAAAAUAAGGAUGAGUUACAGGCAUUUUUGGGGCUUGUGAAUUUCUACGCGGUUUUCUUGCGAAAUAAGGCAACAGUAGCAGAGCCGCUGCACAAGCUAUUGGCAAAAAAGGCUGUUUGGACGUGGGGCAAGGUUGAGGCUAGGGCAUUCGAGGGCGUUAAGAACCUCUUGUCCAGUGAUAGCCUGCUAAUCCAAUACAACGGGACAUUACCACUAGUGCUAGUCUGUGAUGUGUCACCCUACGCAUCACAGACACCCUACAGGGGUAGACACCCUACGGGGUAGGGGCUGUCCUCAGCCAUAGGCUACCGAACGGAUCAGAAGCCCCCAUAGCAUAUUUCUCCCGUACCAUGUCAGCAGCAGAAAGAAACUACAGCCAGCUAGACAGAGAGGCCCUGGCCAUAGUUUCGGGAGUUAAAAAAUUCCAUGAAUACCUAUUUGGGCGACAAUUCGAAAUAGUAACAGACCACAGACCACUAUUGGGACUCCUGGCGGGGGACCGUCCAACUCCGGUUGCACUAUUGCCCAGAAUGACCCGUUGGACUAUCUUCCUGGCGGUGUACUUGUACAAAUUGUCCCACCGUCCGGGGAAGGACCUAGCACAUGCAGACACUUUGAGUAGAUGCCCCUUACCAGAGACGAUCGAAGAGCCGACCCCAGGGACGCCCAUUCUACUAAUUGACUCUCUAGACUCUGGCCCGGUCACUUCUAAGGAAGUGACUAGGGCAUCUUACAGAGACGUUGUCAUAAGGACUGUAAUCGGUUGGGUACAGAGGGGAUGGCCCGAUGCACCAGGCGAUCGGUUCAAAGACUUUACAAAAAAACGUUCGGAACUGUCGAUUCAAGGGGGUUGUCUGUUAUGGGGGGAUAGAGUGGUUAUUCCGGAGAAACUGCGAGAAAACGUAUUGGAACUGUUACAUAUGGGUCACCUGGGGAUUGUGAGGAUGAAAAGCCUGGCGAGGAGUUAUGUGUGGUGGCCACAAAUGGACAAAGACAUUAGCGACAGGGUAGGAAAAUCCCAGGCCUGCCAAGAGUCAAGGCCACUACCCCCAACAGCCCCCAUAAGGGAGUGGGAGAAACCCCAGGGUCCUUGGUCCAGGAUCCACAUAGACUUUGCGGGGCCAUUCCAUGGGCAAACCUUUUUAAUCGUGGUAGAUGCAUUUUCAAAGUGGCUAGAAAUCUUGCUCAUGAAAUCCACAACAGCCGAAGCCGUAAUUACAACAUUGCGGCACCUUUUAGUAAUACACGGGUUGCCCGACACCCUAGUGUCCGACAACGGCCCGCAAUUCACAGCUACCCAAUUCGAGGGGUACUUAGCAGAAGAGGGCAUCCGACAUGUCCUCUCGGCGCCUUUCCACCCGGCGACGAACGGACUUGCAGAACGACUCGUUCGCAGUGCCAAGGAAGUGCUAUCUAGAAUAAACCCGGUGAUUGGCAAGCCAAAAUCGAUACCUUUCUAGCGGUACAACACAGAACCCCCUGUGUAGCCACAGGGCGCAGCCCAUCAGAACUAUUGAUGGGUAGGAAACUCAGGUGUCCCUUAGAUCGAUUAAACCCAACAUACUCCCCUGACAGGUACCAAGGCAUCCAGGAAAAAAACCAGGGAAAUGGCAACGGGUGAUUUAGUGUGGGCACAUAACUAUAGUGAAGGCCCAGCAUGGCUUAAAGGAACAAUCACUGAGUAACAGGUCCAAAAUCAUAUAUAGGGGAUGGUCGAGUAUGGAGGCGCCACAUAGAUCAAUUAUGAAAAAGGGUACAAAACAAACCAGAAACUGCACAACCAGACCCUGACUACCAAAUAUUUGAACCAACAGCUAACUCAAACCCGCGGCGAUCGGAGGACUUAUCUGAACUUGAAGAAGUCCAGCGACGCCAACCGGCUCCUCCAGAAGACUGCAGGGACGACUCUGCAAGUAAUCCAGGGCCGGAUGGCCCAGAGGAGGAGCUGGGAGGAACAAACAGUCCCUCCGACCAGCUCGAUUCACUCCCAGGGAAUGAAUUGCGCAGGUCAGAAAGAGUUAGGAGACACCCUGUCUACCUGCGUGACUACGUGGAAAAAUAACAUGCAAAUUCCAUGCAAAAAGUGGCACAAUGCGUUCUGAGAGGGGAAGAGUGUUAUGUAUUUGAACUUUAGGAGGGAAGUUUGGGUGGGAACAAGCACGUUGCUGAUUGGCUGAUGCCUCAGCCAAAAUAGUAUUUAAAGAGGGGUUUUGCCUGUUGGUCUUUUGCUGGGUCACAAUAAACUAAAGAGCUGUUGUCACUUGUAUGGUCUCCUGCCUCUUCAUUGCCCAAACUUAACAUAUGUGUUUUACUUUUCCCAUACCACGUAAAUGCAUGCCACCCCAAUUGUAAGUCAUGUCCUUCUAAAGUCAAUAUUCUUUUGUUCUUCAAGCUUAUCCACUCUUUCACCCAUGUGAAUGCUGAGGCCUGGUAAUACAGCUCCCAAUCUGGUAGUCCAAA